UGGAUAUUUCUUUUUUCGGAUUAUUUCCGCACAUUAAUUUUUUUGUAAAAAUCAAAACUGGACUUAAAAAUGGAUUUCUUUAAUAUCUCCAGCCUGGACGACAGGGUAGAGGCAGAAAAUAUCUCCUCUAAUUCAACCUCUGAGAGCCAGUAUACCCUGCUCGCUAUCUGGUGUCUUGCUGGACUUGUCAGCUUCCUGAUUUUGUUUACAAUAGUCGGGAACGUUUUGGUUGUUAUCGCCGUUUUAACGAGCAGAGCUCUAAAACCACCCCAGAACCUCUUUCUCGUCUCCUUGGCCAGUGCGGACAUACUGGUAGCCACUCUGGUCAUGCCCUUUUCACUGGCAAAUGAACUUAUGGGUUUCUGGUUUUUUGGCAAAAUUUGGUGUGACAUCUAUCUAGCUCUGGAUGUUUUGUUCUGCACCUCUUCUAUUGUUCACCUGUGCGCUAUUAGUUUGGACAGGUACUGGUCUGUGACACAGGCUGUAGAGUACAACUUAAAGAGAACACCUAAACGAGUUAAAGGCAUGAUUGUUGUGGUCUGGUUGAUCUCAGCCAUAAUAUCCUUCCCUCCACUGAUAUCAAUGGACAGAAGCAGCAGCGAGGCCAGUCCCCAGUGUAUGCUGAAUGAUGAGACCUGGUACAUCCUCUACUCCAGCAUAGGAUCAUUCUUUGCUCCCUGUGUUAUUAUGAUCCUGGUCUAUAUUCGGAUCUACCAAGUGGCAAAAACCAGGACCAGAACUUUGUCAGAGAAGAAAAGGGAUGUGGAUUCACCGCUGGAGAAUGGGAUGGACCAAGCUGAACCGGGCAUAGGUGGGUCUUUAAAGUCCAACAGGGGCGGGAGCAUGAAAAAUCAGGAACGCCAGAAUGGGCAUUGCCACGAGCAAGCGGUUCGAACACCCCUACCAAACGAGCCAAAACAUCCAACAGACAACGAUGACGACUUUGAAGAUAGUAGCUCGUCAGACGAGAAACUUAAAAAAAGUUCUUGCUCCUCAAAACAUCAUCAUGAAGACAGAAAAGACAGGAAGGCUAGCCGAAAGAGCAGCUCCGCCUCUAAAUACUCCAGCAGGAAGUCGCGUGCCAGUUCCAAAUCCAUAGACUUGUUUUCAUCUCGUCGCAAACGUCGGAGCACUGUCAAUCGGAAGAAAGUCUCAGCUGCUCGGGAGAAACGCUUCACCUUCGUCCUUGCUGUGGUCAUGGGCGUAUUUGUUGUCUGCUGGUUCCCAUUCUUCUUCUCCUACAGUCUGUAUGGAAUCUGCCGUGAACCAUGCCAGAUCCCUCUAACACUUUUCAAGUUCUUUUUUUGGAUCGGCUACUGCAACAGCUCACUAAACCCAGUAAUCUACACUAUCUUCAACCAGGACUUCCGCAGAGCCUUCCAGAAAAUCCUUUGUAAGUCAUGGAAACGCUCUUUUUGAAGGAUACAGCACGGCUGGGUGUGUAAGACCUUUUACUUUGCAGACAAUAAGCUAUGCUGUUCUGAACCGUUUGAUAAUGUGCUGGCCUCGGGUGUUUUCACAUCUGUACUUUCAGGGACUGCAUUAGAAAUGAAGGCGUGAUUAAAAGACCUAACAAAAUGCACAAAGAAGGGGCUUAAACUACAGGUUCUCUGAUAAUAUUCACAUAGGAGGCUUAUUUGAUGACUUUUAGGCUGUUUUUCCCUGAUGUGGGCUUUGGUUCACCCUAUACUGCUUUUCUCUUCACCUAAAUAACAUAAAUGGUUUCCUAACAGGUACUGAUGCAUGCCUGCCACAGUGGCUGCACUUCAUGAACUUCCCAGGAGGCAAAGGGUUUACAGAGACAGAGCCAAUUUACAAUGUGACCUCAUUCACUGAAUAUAAUGCGAAAGCCAUGACAAUCUCCUCACAACUGUUGUUUGUGACUUUAGAUAAUAGUAUGUAUCUUUUCUCUCUAUCUAUAAAUCUGUUUUUCUUUAACUUCCUAUGUCACACUCUCGACAGGAGGACCAAUGGGACGAAGGGGCUCUUUGCUUACUGUUAAAGUAGCAAAAGUGUUUCACACAAAAAACUAA